AUAAGCAGAUAUUAACAGUAAAUGAACAAGUAGAUUAAUAAUUCAUUUUCUACCCAUUGUCCUUAAUAAUGUUGACAAAAUAAUAGAAUGAGAAAUGACACAAUAUGUUACUGCAUAUGUCAGCAGACUAAAUUAGGAGCCUUUGUUUGUUUACUUACUAAUAAAAGACAAGUUGUCUUGUAUGUUCACUAUUUUAUUUAAGGACAAAAUUGCAAUAAGAAACAUAUGUAAGAUUUUUUUUGUUAAAGUAAAGCCAAUAAUGACAUUUUUUGUGGUCCCUUUUAUUUAGAAAAGUACCGAAAUACUUUUGGUACUGGUACCAAAAUAUUGGUAUCGAGACAACACUAAUACACACACACCGAGCACCCACUGGCAGAAAUGUAGAUCGGCACCUAUGGUUUGAAUGACACCAAUAAAGCCCUUUGUGAGUUUGUGCGUUUCAGGUUUGCUCCACUUCAGGUUCCUACUAUCUUCCGUCAAAUGUCCUGACGGUAAGACAAGUUUUAUUUGUGUUGUUUUGUCAUUUUGUGUGUCGGUGGGUUGCUAUCCAGCGCCCUAAUCCGAAAAUUGACGUAACACACAUUGUCUUGAAACCAGACUAUAGGGCCGGGCCUCGCAAACACAAUUCUUUUUGACUACUUGGUUGCCAGGAAACGUGUAUGGGUCUUUGGCAAGUAGGACUAAUAAAAGAACAGAAUUGUGUGUGUGUGUGUGUGUGUGUGUGUGUGUGUGUGUGUGUGUGUGUGUGUGUGUGUGUGUGUGGGUGGCAAUGUCUGGCCCUUCAGGGCAGUUUGUUAACCCUCUGUGGAUGUGUGUGAGAUUGUGCAGCAUACUGGCUUGUUGUUUCUUGUGUUCAAAGCUGCCAGUCUACAUGCAGGAUGCAAGACGUGAUGAAGGCCACCGUUGAGGAGCUUUCAUAUAUUUGAGAAUGCACCGUGUCUUCCCGACCAACGUCAGAGACGACUCUCUGGCCUUCCAAACUUGUGCGACUACUUGGAGACGUCGGAUUUCUUGGCCCUAACGAGCGCCCCGUGAUUGGUCUUCAGUGCAGACGUCGCGCGUUGGUAUGCCGUCGACUGAUUGACGGCUCUGCAGCGUCGCCAUGGGAACCAGGAUGGAGGUGACACGGCUUGAGAGCAAGAUGAACACUGAAGACUACGAGAAGCUGCGUAGUCUUUUCCUGGACUCCUCGGGGGUGCCCGGGUCCUUGUCCAGAAGCAAAUUCAUCCACCUGGCCUCCACAUUGCUCUCCUGCGGCUCUGAAGAGGAGUACGGCUUCCUCUUUGACAGUGUGGUUGUCAGCCGGGCGCACCGUGGACUCCUCCUCGACAGCGAGGCUGUAAAGGAAGAAGGCCGUGUGGACUGGGGAGGACUGUGCUCUUUUCUUCAGCACCAGCUGUCUGAAAAACUCAAGCCCUGCAUGAGGAGAAACGUGCCUCGCUGGAAGCCUCCUCGUUCUCUGACCUGCCCCCACCGAGACCCCGUGCAGAAGGUGUUGUACCUCGAGAGUUGGGGUCAGUACGUAACGGUGAGUCAAGGAGGAUCUGUGGGUCUUCGUGACGGCGUUGACAUGUCGCUGCGGACCACCCAACGACUGCAAAACAGUACAGUCCGGCCCCAGGACCUGUGGGUGACAGAUGUGGUGCUGCUGCACAAUUUACACAAGAUUGCUGUGUCGUUCACAAGCAAGGAAGUGUGUUUUUAUGACAUGCUGUCUAAAAUGGACUUCAGCUGCACGUACAAACUCCAGGGGAUGAAGUUUACUCCAUGGUGUCUGGACUACUGGACUAAUACCUCCAACCCAGAUCAUGCUGUCCUCACUAUAGGUGACAUUGGUGGACAGGUCAGCGCUUUAUUUUUCACUUCAGCUCAGAUUUCUUUGUUUGAGCGACGAGGUCGAUGCACAGACUCCGAUUCUGUGGCCGUGGUUCAAUGGGACGAUGUGCUCAAAGGGAAACAUCGCUGCUGUUACAUCAUCAAACAUCAGGGACAUGAGCCGGCCUGGGUGAGGAAAGUCCUUUACCUGGAUUCACUGGAGGCAUUGGUGUCAUGCAGCACCAGGCCACAGAGCAGCAUGGUGAUUGGCUGGAGGGAGAAGGAACGCAGGCGUCUCCGAGUCUCUUCUUUCCGUACAAAGAGAGGCGUCUGGGACCUGGACUAUCACCAAGAGCUUAAGAUGAUUGCCACAGCAGGUGCAGACCACCAGGUCCUGCUAUGGAACGCUUACGAGACCUGCCAGCCGGUGUACACCCUCACUGGCCACGUGGCCCCGGUUACAUCCGUCCGCUUCAUGCAGAAGAAACAACAACUCCUCAGCUUCUCAAGAGACAAGGUUCUGUGUUUAUGGGAUAUUUCCAGUCAGCUGUGUGUUCACAGUCUGGACGGCGUUUUCCCGGCGACGCAGGAGAGCGCACAAACAUCUCUGCUCCUGCUCGAAGGACGCCAGCACCUGCUGCUCACCUUCAAUAGCCUGCUCGUCUUGUUGGAGACCGUGAAGGAGGAGACCAGGACCAGCAGCCAUGAGCAUCCCGUCACCUGUGUGCUCUACAACAGCCUUUUCAGACAGGUAAUAAGCAGCGACGCCGGCUCCUCUGUGAUCUGCUGGCUGGCUGACACCGGCCAAAAGGUUAAACAAAUCCGCCGUUGCCAUGGCAAUGCCGAGAUUUCCACCAUGGCUUUGGACGGCACGCAGACCAGGCUGUUCACGGCGGGCACUGAUGGAGAGGUUAAAGUAUGGGACUUCAGUGGCCGCUGCCUCCAUAGAAUGAACGCUGGUCUGGGCAAGGCUGUAGUCGUCUCACACAUCCUGCUGCUGAGGAGGAGCAUCCUGGUGAUGGGCUGGGAGAGGACGUUGACAGUAUUCCGCCUUCAUUCUUUCUUCAAGUCAGAAGUUGAGCCGUCAGAGUGGAAGGGUGGCGUUCAUCAUCGCACGGCAGUGCUCUGUGCGGCAUUCAAUGCGCCGGAGACUCUGGUUACAGGAAGUUGCGAUGGAGAGAUUAUAGUGUGGAACAACAACACCGAAAAAGCUUUAAGAACCCUGCGGCCGCCAGCUCGGCAUGAAGAAUUCAAAGGAAAGGAGCGUUCCCCCGAUGCCGUCGCCUGCUUGGCGUUUUUGCAAGAUCGUACGUCAGCACAAAUAGCAACUGGUAGUGCAGACUUGGUGUCAUGUGGCAGUUCUGGACUGGUCAGAUUCUGGAAUACUGUUAAUGGGCGUCUCCUGGCACAGUUUGAGGCUCACAAUGGACAUCUAGGCCCUGUUGUCAUGACUGUCAGUCCCUGUGGACAAUUUCUAGUCACAGCGGAUCGAGAGGGAACGAUCAGGACGUGGGACAUAAAGCGUUAUUCCCUGAAGUCCGACCAGGAAGUGACGAGGGAGCCUCCUGAAUUGCUGCAAAGUUUCCGUCCGCACCAGAACGCCGUCACUCACCUGGAGACGGGUAUCCACGGCGACCAGCUCCUCCUUCUGUCAGCAUCUUCGGACUGCAGCGUGGCCCUCAGCUGUCUGCCAGGAGACACCAUCGGCUUGUUUGGACAGGAGGAGCAGUGGAGCAUGGAGAGACCUGAGCGCCUGUGCACCGACGGGAGGACACUCACAUGAAUAUCCCGGCAGGACGGACGCGGUGCUGAAAUGGACCAUAAGGAAUGGCCUCACCCUCAUGAAGUCAUCGUUUACUGAGAGGACUGCUGGACUCUGAGAACAAAAUCUUGAAAACUCGGUACACUUUGUUUUUACAUCAUAUCGUUCUGUAUCGUAUUGCUUUGUAUUUCAUCGAAUUACACUUUACUGAAAGAAAUAUGACAUGUUCUUGUCAGUGUUCAUGGGAUCAGUGUAGAAGUAUACUCUACCACUCAUCUCAUUAUUCACUGGUCACUAUAGACCAUUCUGUCCAUGCUGAGCUCAAGUACGCACGUACUUUGUGGACGCCGUCUGCUCCACAUUCCUUGUGAGUGUUUUUGCCAUACUUGCCAACCCUCCCGAAUUUUCCGGGAGACUCCCGAAAUUCAGCGCCUCUCCCGAAAACCUCCCGGGACAAAUAUUCUCCCGAAAAUCUCCCGAUUUUCAGCCGGAGCUGGAGGCCACGCCCCCUCCAGCUCCAUGCGGACCUGAGUGAGGACAGACUUUUUUUUAUGACGGGAGGACAACAGGGUGACAAGAACUAAAUCAUCCAGACUAGAGAUAAAUUGUAUUAU